GCACAACUGGAGAGGGCGGGUGGGGGUGGGGAGUAUGUGCGCAGGGGGCUACUCGGCGUGCGGAGUUUAGUCUCCCAGCCCAGCCGCCACGCAACCAUGCUUCAUUUGCCCAUCUCCUGGCAGCACGCUUCGUUCUCCAUUAGUACGCAUGUGCAAAUCUGCAUGGCGCGGCUGUUUCACGCAAGGUGGGGGCGUGGUCAAGGAAAGGAUUGGGACUAGCGCGCACGCUCGGAUAUGCGCAGUGCCAGACCCGAGGCAAAACUCUGUCGAUUUGGAAGUUCGGUGAGGUAACGCAUGCGCAAAUCUGCACUGUGCCGGGGAAGAGGGGAGCCUGACGACUAGGAAAUUUGAAUAUCACAGUAGCAUGGAGUGUGACCUCAUGGAGACUGACAUCUUGGAGUCGUUGGAGGAUCUGGGUUACAAAGGUCCUUUGUUAGAAGAUGGAGCUUUGUCUCAGGCAGUCACUGGUGGAGCCAGUUCCCCGGAAUUCACCAAACUCUGUGCUUGGCUGGUAUCUGAAUUAAGAUUGUUCUGUAAACUAGAAGAAAAUGUGCAAGCAACUAACAGCCCAAAUGAAGCUGAUGAGUUCCAGCUUGAGGUGAGUGGGCUACUUGGGGAAAUGAACUGUCCGUAUAUCUCACUGACGUCUGGGGAUGUGACAAAGCGCCUUCUCAACCAGAAGAAUUGCCUCCUGUUGCUCACAUACCUCAUAUCAGAACUAGAAGCUGCCAGAAUGCUGUGUGUGAAUUCUCCCCCCAAAAAAACACAAGAAGGAGGUGGUAGUGAGGUUUUUCAAGAGUUGAAAGGCAUAUGUAUUGCUUUAGGAAUGUCCAAACCUCCAGCCAAUAUAACCAUGUUCCAGUUCUUCAGCGGCAUAGAAAAAAAAUUAAAGGAAACAUUAGCAAAAGUUCCUCCUAAUCAUGUGGGAAAGCCUUUGUUGAAGAAAACAAUGGGACCAGCUCACUGGGAGAAAAUAGAAGCAGUUAACCAAGCCAUAACCAAUGAAUAUGAAGUUCGAAGAAAGCUUUUAGUGAAACGUCUGGAUGUCACCGUACAGUCAUUUGGCUGGUCAGACAGAGCUAAGAGUCAAACAGAAAAACUAGCAAAGGUCUACCAACCAAAACGUACACUCUUGUCUGCUAAAAGUACUAUUUCUGUUGCUCAUCUCUUGGCUGCUCGGCAGGAUCUUUCAAAGAUUUUAAGGACGAGCAGUGGAUCUAUUAGAGAAAAAACUGCGUGUGCCAUCAAUAAGGUGUUGAUGGGGAGGGUACCUGACAGAGGUGGUAGACCCAAUGAAAUUGAACCUCCACCUCCAGAGAUGCCACCAUGGCAGAAAAGACAGGAUGGACCUCAACAGCAAACAGGAGGCAGAGGAGGAGGACGAGGUGGUUACGAACAAUCAUAUGGAGGACGAGGAGGCCAUGAACAUUCAUACAGAGGACGAGGAGGUCAUGAACAGUCAUAUGGAGGACAAGGAGGUCAUGAACAGUCAUACGGAGGACGAGGAGGUCAUGAACAGUCAUAUGGAGGACGAGGAGGUCAUGAACAAGGAGGAGGAAGAGGUGGACGUGGUAGUUAUGACCAUGGAGGUCGAGGGGGUGGAAGAGGAAAUAAACAUCAAGGAGGCUGGACAGAUGGAGGGAGUGGAGGAGGAGGUGGCUAUCAAGAUGGUGGUUAUCGAGAUUCAGGUUUCCAAGCAAGUGGCUACCAUGGUGGCAGUGGUGGCUACCAAGGAGGUGGAUAUGGUGGCUUCCAAUCAUCUUCAUAUACAGGAAGUGGAUAUCAGGGUGGUGGAUACCAACAGGACAAUAGAUACCAAGAUGGUGGUGGGCAUCAUGGUGAACGAGGUGGUGGUGGUGGUCGAGGAGGGAGGGGUGGUCGAGGAGGCAGAGGUCGCGGAGGUCAAGGUGGAGGUUGGGGAGGAAGAGGGGCCCAGAAUUAUAAUCAGGGGGGUCAAUUUGAGCAACACUUCCAGCAUGGAGGUUAUCAAUAUAAUCAUUCUGGAUUUGGACAGGGAAGACAGUAUUCUAGUUGAGGCUACUAAAGAUUACAUUUCAGCAGAGCUCAAGUAAUAGAAACUUCAUUUUAGGGGCCUGAUAAAUAUCUGGUUCAACUAAUAUAUGACCACAUAUGGCCAGAAAUUCCUGCUUUAAACACAAAAUUAUAGGUUGAUAUGCUAUCCCAGUUUUUUUCAAUGGAUUUAACACUCUUCAUUUGAGAAAUGCUUACUUUUCACCAAAAUUUACCCAAAAAACACAUAAAUAGCCAUGUAUGUUUAUUGAUUAGGCUAAUAUCACAGUCAGAAUAUGCAUAAUGUUUUGAAUAAAUUUCUUAAAAGGUACCAGCAAUGGCUUCAACAUGCAAUUCUGAGAAUAAGCAUUCUCCUAGAUUCUUUAUAGAUUUUUCACUAGGAAACCCUCCCUCUUGCUUUAUAUUAAUGAUUUUUUAUGUAUUUUGCUUAUGUGUUCUGGUACAUAUUUUUCAAGUACAGUUCUGCUCUUAAUAAUUGGCCUUUUAUAUUCAGAGUGAAAUUAUACACAUUUGCUUCACUGUAGAAGUGAUAGGUAUGUUUCUAUUAUAUGAGCUCUUCUGCAUAUAGCACAUUCAGUAGCCUUAUCUUCUGUUAAUUAAAAACUACCAUUUGCUCAACUCUAAAGACUUUGAACAUGGCCAAAAUCUGCAAAGAUCAUUAAAUCAAGCUAAGUUGUGAACUUCUAGUAUGUAGGCAUAUAGUUAAAUAUAGCAAUUUAAACUGACCUGCAUCCAUCCAAAACAAUUUCCUCCUACAACCUUAUUUUUACUUGAAGUUGACUAGAAGGAUCAGCAAACUGAAAUUUGUCUUAUGCACGAGUUAAUACCACUGGCUCAGCAAAUACAAGAUAGUUUGUUUUGGGCAGGUGCCUUUUUGUUUUGUUUUUAUUUUUGUUUUUGUAAUUGAAGAAAUGCACUACCAAGUAGGAAGAUGGAUGCUGCCUAGUAGAGGAGGCCCUUUAUUAUUGCUGCAGAAACAAAAGCCUGGCUGAGUUGAUGUUUUACAUGAUUCUUUACUGAAAUCCACAUGAUGCUUCUUGCUGGGUUUUUGUGUACAUAAACAUUGUCAAGCUGUGAAAGAAAAUGGCUGAAGGUGUGCUUUGUAUGAAAGGUGAGCAAUAAAGUAUCUGUGUGUUCUCUG